AUGAUUGCUCAAGUUUAUGUCGAUGAUAUUGUCUUUGGAUCAACGGCAAAGAAGUUGAAGGAUGAAUUUGUAGAGUUCAUGCAUUCAGAAUUCGAGAUGAGUAUGAUUGGAGAGCUGACAUAUUUCCUUGGAUUACAAAUUAAGCAAUGUCCUGAUGGGAUAUUUCUGAACCAAACAAAGUAUGCAAAGAAUAUGGUUGAGAAGUUUGGUAUGAAGAGUUCUAAGACUGUUAGAACACCGUUGGGACAACAGGACAAGCUGUCUAAAGAUGCUGAAGGAAAGGAUGUCGAUCAGAAGUUGUAUAGGAGCAUUAUCGGAAGUCUGUUGUAUCUUACAGCUAGUAGACCCGAUAUCACAUUUUGUGUUGGUGUUUGUGCUCGAUUCCAAUCAGCCCCGAAAGAAUCUCACUUGAAAGCCGCAAAGAGAAUUUUGAGGUAUAUUAAUGGAACAUCCGAACUUGGAUUAUGGUAUUCAAAGAGAUCAUCACUUGAUCUAAUUGGAUUUACUGAUUCCGAUUGGGCCGGAUGCUGUGAUGACCGGAAGAGUACGACGGGAGGAUGUUUUUACAUUGGUGAAAAUUUGAUCAGUUGGAGUUCCAAGAAGCAAAGUUCGAUUGCUUUGUCUACUGCUGAGGCGGAGUAUGUAGCCGCUGGAAGUUGCUGUGCGCAAUUGUUAUGGAUCAAGCAAAUGUUGAAGGAUUAUGGAAUUGAGAAGGAGUCGUUUGUACUGUGGUGUGACAAUACUAGUGCAAUCAGCAUAUCAAAGAAUCCAGUUCAACAUGGUCGAACGAAGCACAUAGAAAUCCGAUAUCAUUUUAUCCGAACGCUUAUGGAAGCUGAAGUGUGCAAAUUGCAACACAUUGGAACUAAUUUUCAAAAGGCAGACAUCUUCACCAAAGCAUUGGAUUCAGAGAGGUUUGAGAAAUUAAGAAGAGAAUUAGGUAUGUGUUCAUACCUUAACUAG